AUUAGAGAAAAAAAAACAGUUUGUCGCUGACUUCGCUGUCGUGUUGUUGUCAUAUCACUCGUCGGAACGUGAUAUCAAAAUUGAAAAAUAAAUAAAAGUUUCCUUUGAAACAAACGCGGUCCCAACACUUCCGACAACGACAGCCGCGUGUGAUCCUAUCGCGAGUGUCAACAUUUAGUGGUCCGUUUCCUCGUCAACAUCACCAUGAUCGAUGGGGGAAACAAAGAUGGCGGAAUAAUACGGUGAUCAAGCAAAGGUUUCGUGUUGUGGUGCGGUGCGUUAUGUGCGGCGGUGGACUGCGGUGGCAGCCGUGUCCGGGCGCGUGAGCGAGGGCGGCGGCGCGCACGAUGCGGGCGACGCGGGGGUGAUGCCGCCGCGGCCGGAGGCGGCCCGCGCGGCCAUGGCGGCCGAGGAGCCGCCGCUCUCUCUCUACACGGCCAUCUACGACUAUGACGCGCAGGGCGAGGACGAGCUGUCGCUGCGGCGCGGCGAGAUCGUGGAGGUGCUGUCAACGGACGCCACCAUCUCGGGCGACGACGGCUGGUGGACGGGCAAGAUCGGCAACCGCGUGGGGAUCUUCCCGGCGGUGUACGUGACGGAGAAGGACCCGCUGGCGGCCACGUCGGUGUUCGGCGGCGUGGACCCGCUGCGCAUCCCCUUCUGCGAGCUGCGCAUGGGCGAGACCAUCGGCGCCGGCGGCUUCGGCCAGGUCUACCGCGGCUUCUGGAACGACGAGGAGGUGGCCAUCAAGGCCGCGCGCCUCGACGCCAGCGAAGACAUCAAGAUCAUCAAGAAGAAUGUCCUGCAGGAAGCCAAACUGUUCUGGAUGCUGGAGCAUGAGAAUAUAGUGUCUUUAAAAGGGGUGUGUUUGGAGGAGCCUCAGUUGUGCCUUGUGAUGGAGUAUGCGGCGGGCGGGUCGCUGAAUAGGGCCCUCAUGGGGCGCAAGAUCCGCCCAGACAUCCUGGUGGACUGGGCCAUACAGGUGGCCCGCGGCAUGGCCUAUCUACACAUGGAUGCUCCCAUCUCCCUCAUUCAUCGGGAUCUCAAAAGUUCAAAUGUGCUGAUCAGCGAGCCGAUCCUGCCGGACGAGAGCCUCGAGCACAAGACGCUCAAGAUCACGGACUUCGGGCUCGCGCGGGAGGCCUACAAGACGACGCGGAUGUCGGCCGCGGGGACCUACGCGUGGAUGCCGCCCGAGGUCAUCAUCAGCUCGACAUUCUCGCACGCAUCCGACGUGUGGUCGUACGGCGUUCUCCUCUGGGAACUACUUACUGGCGAGACCCCGUACAAGGGGCUCAACGGGCUGACGGUCGCGUUCGGCGUUGCCAAGAACACGCUGCAGCUGCCCAUACCGAGCACGUGCCCCGCGCAGUGGCAGCACCUCAUGGAGGCCUGCUGGAGCAUCAACCCGCACGCUCGGCCCUCCUUCUCCCAAAUCCUGCACGAGCUCGAGGGCAUCCGGCAGUCGGAGUUCACGCGCGGGCCGCACGAGAGCUUCCACACCAUGCAGGCGGAGUGGCGCCUCGAGAUCGACGAGGUGCUCGAGGACGUGCGACUGAAGGCCAUGGAAUGCAAAACUUUCGAAGAGGAGUUGAGGACCAGAGAAGAGGAGCUGACCCGGAUCCAGAUGGAGCAGCAGCAAAUGGACCAGAACCUGGCGCGGAGACAGGCCGAGCUGGAUAUGAGGGAACAGAAGGUGCAGGAGCGGGAGUUCCAUGUCAUGCUGAAGGAGGGGAAUAUUCCGAGGAGUCAGCCGCCGCAGCCUAUUACUAGGAAAGGCAAGUUCAGCCGUCUGAAGCUCCUGCGCAAAGACGCGAUAUCCUCCCCCGUGGACUUCCGUCACACGCUGACCGUGCGUCCCAGCGAGGACUCGGAGUGCCACGUGAAGCAGCUGGUGGCCAUGGUGAAGGACACGCCGCCCGGCUCGCCGGCGAUCAUGAAGGCUAUCGUGCUGCCAGCGGACGGCGUAAAAGGCAAGACGUGGGGCCCGUCCAGCCUGCACCAGCGCGAGCGCACGCACCUGCCCCUGCCCGCCCAGCUGCGCGCCCGCCCGCCCCACAAGCUCAGCAAGUCCGCGCCCGCCCUGCCGCCCCAGCCGCCCUACCCAGGUUGUUUUGUUCCUUACACAGACUACAGUCCGGACGACUGGGGGCCGGAGCACCCUCUGUCCUCCUCCUCGCGCUACGCCGUGCCCAUGCCCACCCUGUAUAAUAAUGAAGGCUGCAAAUACAAGAAGCCGGGCGUGGUGUCGCUGGUGCUGUACAACAUGGCGGCGCUGCUCGGCGGCGUCGCGUGCGGCUACGACGUGCGCGAGACCAACGUGUCGCCGCUGCACCCCACGCUACGCCCGCACAGAUCGGAGACGGAGGGCGAGAGCUCCGUAUACUCGGGCUACGGGUUCGGACACAACACGUACCACGGGCCGGCCCGCCACGCGCGCGCGCCGCUGCACGCCAUCACGGGCUCGCCGAUCUCGAGCGUGCAAGCGGCGGAACAAAAACCGAUCCGCUUCACCGACUCUCCGACCCACUACGCGGUGCCCUCAUCAUCAUCAGGAUACGGACAUUCGGCCCAGCCCUUGUCUGGGACCUCCGGGGUGGGUACUAACUACACCUCUACUCAGCCCGCCACCCCCUCGCCGAGACGAACCUCUUCUUCGACUUCAGAUCACAUAGCAGACCUGUAUUGCAACUACAGGGAGAACUUCCAGCCUUCCCCGUGUCAAGACAGGGACUUUUAUUACAGAGCGGAGCCGUAUAAUGCGUACGAUCGCAUGGACAAACAUAAUUAUUACGGGUACGAUGAAGCGUUUGAUUACAGAGAGCCUACGCCGGAUUAUAGACCGGCGCCGUUCGCGCAUAGAAGGACGCCGAGCAAUUCGUCGGCGACUAAUAGUCAUGUGGAGGAGUCAUUCUCUCCUUCGAGACAGUAUAGAGCGGAGAAGUUUAGCUCGCCGAAAGCUGUCCCUUCGGAGAGGAGGGAAGAGUACAGAACGCCAACAAAACCUCCGCCUGAAUACCCACGAAAGGCAGACUAUUCUCUCCCGCCUCGGGAUUACUACCGACACGAAUCGCUAGAGCGGGCCGAACAGGAAAGGCCGGGGAAUUUAGGCCUCGAAUUGGGACCGUCAAAGCUUCGCUCCAGCCUGAAGAAGUAUAAAAAGACGAGUGUGUCAGGCGGCAGCUCAGGCGGGGGCACCCCCACUAACCCGACCCCGCCGGAGAGUGUGACCAGCGAGACGGAUAGCUCUUACGUAUCAGCUCGGGAUGCGUCAAGCGGUUCCUUAACCCGCGUGAGGUUCAGCCCAGAGACGAUGGAAGGCGCGCUGGAGCGGCGCCCGAGUAGACACUCGUAGCGAAGGCUCAAAAAGUUCGAUGACUAUCUCGUUUGAAUAGAACGCGUGAGCGGUAACGCGAGUGAUAUACACUGUGAUCCUCAGUAGCUCAGGGUUAGAUCUUCCACAUGCCCGGCGCAUGCUUCGCGCACUGUUAGUUUCUCACGUCUUACUCCUUUGUGUACGAAAGUUGGGAUUAUCUUCAACUGUGAUGUGGUUGAAUACAAUUUUAACUCGAGUAAAUUAAGGCUUUCUUUUCUUUUUGUAUGUUUUUCUUGUCUUUGUUAGCACAUUCGCUCGUGUUACGCUUUCUGGCGUCUUGUAAAUAGCUUCAACGGGUAGUCACAACGAGCUUAUUUGAUUGGCGAUAAUUGUCGUUAUUAAUAUUAUGUACGUAUGUAUCAAGUUUGUCUGCGUAGAAACGCGUUGUCUUAUAUUAAGACUGACUUCGCGUUGUAUAAAGAAUCAAAUUAUUGGUUUGGAAAUAAAGGGCCUUAUGUAAGUCAUUUACAUAAAAUGAGAACCUUGUCACAGGACUAUCUUAUGUGAAGCUAGGUUUGUAUUCAUGAUAAUAUAAAAAUAUAGUUUUAUAAGGGUUUGAAAGGAUAGGUAGGUGAUGAGGAAUCUACAAUAGGCACUUUAUUUCCGAAAAACGCUAGAUGGGAACAUUACUAGCAUAUCCCAGAAAUAUAUUUGUAAAAGGUAUUUAGAUAUUUCUAAAUUUUCUUAAUAACGACUAGAAACAUCAUAAGAUAUUUUAAGGAAUCUCUAUAUUUAUCGUAAAUUAUGUAAAGUAUAUUCGACCUAUAUGUCCCCUUGUUUAGUUUGAUGUUUAUGCCAACCAGUUUCUGAAAUAACGCUUCGAUCUACAGUCCAACUAGAAAGUCCUGAAAACGGAAGUGGAUAGUAACUCAUUGUUAAAAACCGUGUUUAAUCGAUCUAUUUUAUUUUUAUUAAAGGACAAAUCCGUUAAAAACCCAUUUUCAAUCAGUAUUUUAUUUUUUAAAU